UCUUGCCGGCGCUCCCGCCCCUUGCACUCCGUUUCCGGGAGGCCCAGCGGCACCGCGGCGCUGAGGGAAGGCGGCGGCGGAGCAGAAGGUCAGUUUCCUUAUAUAGUGCACAAGGAAAGAGGAUGGAACCAGAGAAGGCUGCCAAGCAAACAGUCCUCAUCACUGGAGGAGGUGGCUAUUUUGGCUUCCGUUUAGGCUGUGCCAUAUACCAAAAGGGAGUAGACGUGAUUCUCUUUGAUGUCAUGAAGCCACUUCAGACUGUGCCAGAGGGAAUAAAGUUCAUGGAGGGGGAUGUCCGUUGCCUGUCUGAAGUGGAAGAGGCUCUUAGAAACGUAAUCUGUGUAUUCCAUAUUGCUUCCUAUGGAAUGUCUGGCAGGGAGCAGUUGAACCGAAAACUUAUAGAAGAUAUUAAUGUAAAAGGAACAGAAAAUGUCAUCCAAGCCUGCAAGAGCACAGGAGUGGCAAGUCUGGUUUAUACAAGCACAUACAACGUGAUAUUUGGAGGCCAGAUCAUAGAAAAUGGGGAUGAAUCUCUGCCUUAUCUACCUCUUCACCUUCAUCCAGAUCACUACUCCCGGACCAAAUCUUUAGCUGAAAUGAAGGUGCUAGAGGCAAAUGGUGCUGAGCUUGGACAUGGGAAAGGUAUACUAAGGACUUGUGCUCUCCGACCAGCAGGCAUCUAUGGGCCUGGAGAACAAAGGCACCUUCCAAGAAUUGUUAGUUACAUUGAAAGGGGAUUGUUUAAAUUUGUAUAUGGAGAUCCUUUUAGUUUAGUAGAGUUUGUACACGUAGACAAUCUGGUUCAGGCUCACAUCCUUGCCUCCGAGGCCCUCAAAGCCAACAAAAAGCACAUAGCUGCAGGCCAAGCCUAUUUUAUUUCAGAUGGCAGGCCUGUAAAUAACUUCGAAUUCUUCCGCCCGCUGGUGGAAGGUUUGGGUUACAAGUUCCCAACCUGUCGUCUUCCUCUCUCCCUUGUCUAUUUUUUUGCAUUCCUUACUGAAGUGGUUCAUCUUCUGGUAGGCCAUGUUUAUAAUUUUCAGCCCCUCCUCACUCGCACAGAGGUUUACAAAACUGGGGUCACGCAUUAUUUUAGCAUGGAGAAGGCCAGAAAGGAGCUAGGGUACGAGCCUCAACAGUACAGCCUGAAUGAAGUGAUUGAGUGGUUCCGAUCUCAGGGGUGUGGAGCAAAGCCAAGAAAAUACACCAUUAUCCAUCUUGUGAGGGAUGGUGCACUGCUUGUACUGCUGAUUGCUUUGGUGGCCUCCUGGUUUCCGUCUGUGGCUGCAUUUUCACUCUGAAAGGUGAAGUGCUUAGCACAGAGAACAGAAUUUAGUUGUGUUCUCUGAGUACUUUUGGCUUUGACAGGAAAUCAGAGAAUAAAAAAAAAUCAACCACAUAUUUGUGUCAUUCAGGUAAGUAUCUUUAAUAGUUUUAUCCCCAAAGAACAGAAUUGCUGUAUACAAAGUUGUAAUUUUUAUAAAUAAUUCCUCUCCAAAGUUAAAUUGAUCAGAUCACUAACAUCAUGAAGCUCAGUAUUACAGUAACAGCAUUUUAUUCCAGGUACAACAGCACACUACAGUGAAUAGAACAAACAUCCCCAGACUGACCCUUCUUCCUCCCUGACAGGAUCCUUGAUCCAUGCCCUUUAUUCCUAAAGAGUUUGUGCUACAUGAUCCAGAGGAGAAUAAACUUAUUCUUUGAUCACAUUCCAAAACCAGAUUCUGCUUUCCACCUUGAAUGUAUAUGUGCCUAACCAAGAUUAACUGAUAAACAACUAGACAAUAAAUAAAUGCCUUUUUUGUUUGGUUGUUUUUUUAAUGAGUGCAUUCUGGUGUGUUUUCUAAGUUACCUCUGUGGUAUCUAAUGACACUUCUCUAAAACGCACAAGUGUUAAUCUAAGUUAGAGGAAAGGACUUGAAGCAGCACAGAUCUGCAGGUUUUUCUAACAAUAACAUAUGCCUGUUUAAAAUGAAUCAGCCAGCUAAAGUGCAUUCAUAAAUAAGACCUAUGAUUUUCCCCAGCAUUACUGAAUGGUUAAACAAAUAAUCCAUCAAAGACAUUCAGGAAGUGAUUACAUUCAUGUUCCACUGUUCAUACAGCAUUUUUAGCCUUUAAUAACACUUCUUUAACACCUGACACCAUUUGACUAGAACUUCACCUUUCUCGUAGAGUGAUGAACACUUGAAAAGACAAUAGUCAUAAUUUUGUGGAGAUUUUGAGAAUAGAAAAUAAGACCUUGUCAAGUACAGGUCACUACUGUCUCUAGCAACUCCCUUGUCAGUUUAAUGUAGGAGAAACUUCACCUCAAAAUGUUAAAUCAUGACAUUUUUUUCCCUUAAUCCAUGAGCAUUAUGGUUUCAGUACCUCUUGGUGAAAGGACA